AUGGAUCAUUUGACCAAUGAGCAGAAAAAGCAAUUUGUAAGAAAAGAAUUUUCUAAAAUAUCGAAAGGUAAUUUAACAAUCAAUCAUGAUGAAGCAGUGUUGUUGUUAGAAAGAUUAGACAUUGAUUCAAAUGAUAAUGAAUUAUCCGGUUUAUUACAUGAUGCCGAUAUGAAUUGGGACAACAGUAUCGAUCUUGAUGGAAUUAUAUUUAUCGUUGAUCAUUUGUCCAACAGGAGAAAUGAAAAUAGUCGUGUUAUUUACGAUGAACCAGAUGAAGUUCAAUUGUUUAACAAAGUUAAACAACUUUUAAAAAAGGUUAAAGAAUUAAAUGAUCAAGGUAUUGUUGUUAGUGAUGAAAUGUUCAAGCAGCUUCAACAACAAUGUGGUGUACCUGAUCAUGUGUUGAAUUAA